UAAAUAAAAGCCUGUGUAUUUAGCAAUAAAAAUAAAUAAAUAAAAAAUGUAAUAAAAUGGCAGCGUUAAAUCUAACAGUGGUUAUAUUAAAUGUAAAUAAAUUAAAUACUCCAGUUAAAAGAGGCAGACGUUCGGGGUGUAUUUAAAAGCCACCGUCACAAAUGGUCUUCCCACUGCCCUGUUCGCAUGCUCAGCCCCUAACAGCACUGACUUUGGCACUACUCACCUCGGGCAGCCCUGAGCCUCCCAAGGCUGAGCACCGCUCUUUGAGCAGCUACCACACUGCGUCCUUCGGCCGGGAAGAGGCUGCGUUCCUGCGCGAAGCACGUCGGCCGCGAACGCCUCUGGGAAAUGUAUUCCGGGCUACGAGCCCAGAAACAUGGCGGAACCGGUUGCGGGGAGGUUGCUUGAAUCCUCUCAGCUGUCCCCCUGACCUAGUUGCUGGCACAAGCUGCGCCCGGAGACGUGGGAGCGUUCUCUUGUUUUCCGAGUGCACAGACUCAUCGGGUCACAAUUUAUGCUUUUGUGACGCGGACUUGCCAUUUCUAAGCCAUCAGUGAUUUCCCUAUUGCAACAAGGGAAUGAACCCUGGAUGGCUGGGAAAGCAGGAUGGUAUCCAGAUAUGCUGUCUAGGUAUGACACCAAGGAGUUACCUCUUAAGAAUGGCACUUUUGAAAAAGAAUCGUUAAAAUGGAAAAUAAUAGAAAGAGUCAGAAGUUCUUGCCUCAAGGAAUCUUGUUUUGGAAAUGAUUGGAAAUGCAAAGGACUCUUUAAGAGACAACAGGAAACUAAAGAGGAAUAUUUCAGGCAUAUAACUGUGCCAUUUGAAAAAAUAUUAUCUGAAUUCAUCCAGCCUACAUCUUUUCUUCUAAAUCAAAUAAUUCAUACUGGAAAGAAACUCUAUGAACAUAAAAAAUGUGAAAAUCUUACUCAACAGGGAAGAAUUUGUAUCAUUGACAAGCUUGAUGAAAUGUGUGGCAAUGCCUCUGUAUUUUACACAAAUCAUAUGAAACAUCAAAUUUUACUGCAAAGAAAUGCAAUGUAUUUAAACAAUGUGGCAAAGACUGCUUGUAACUUUCAACUAGCUCAAUAUCAAAUAAGUCAUGCUAAUCAGAAACCCUAUGAAUGUCAGAUAUGUGGAAAGCCCAUAAGAAAGCGUGCCCACCUUACCCAACAUAAUCAAAUUCACACUGGUGAGAAACCAUAUGAAUGCAAAGAAUGUGGGAAAGCGUUAUGUUGUUCAACAUUGAUUCAACAUAAGAGAACUCAUACUAAUGGGAAACCCUAUGAAUAUCUGGAAUGUAGAAAGAUGUUUAGGUGGAGUGCACAUCUUAUUCGACAUCAAAGAAUUCAUACUGGUGAGAGACCUUAUACACGUAAGCAAUGUUGGAAGGCCUUUGCUUCUGUUUCUGAUUUAAUAGAUAUCAGAAAAUUCACACUGGUGAGAGACUUUACGAAUGUAAAGAAUGUGGGAAGGCAUUUAACAAUUGCUCAACUUUUAUUCAGCAUCAGAGAAUUCACACUGGUGAGAAGCCCUUUGAAUGUAAGGACUGUGGCAAAGCAUUCAAUAAUUGCUCAACACUUACUCAACGUCAGAGAACUCAUACUAAUGAGAAAUCUUAUGAAUGUCAGGAAUGUAAAAAGGCUUUUAGGCAAAGUGCACAUCUUACUCAACAUCAAAGAACUCAUACUGGUGAGAAACCUGAGUGUGAGGAACGUGGGAGGGCUUUCACUUGUGCUUCUGACUUUAACAGACAUCAGAGAAUUCACACUGUUGAAAAAUCCUAUGAAUGUAAAGAAUGUGGUAAAGCCUUUAAUAAUUGCUCAGCUCUUAUUCAACACCAGAGAAUUCACACUGGUGAGAAGCCUUAUGAAUGUAAGCAGUGUGGGAAAGCUUUUAUAUCCUGUUCAACACUUGUUCAACAUCAGAGAACACAUACUAAUGAAAAACCUUAUAAAUGUUAGGAAUGCAAGGCCUUCAAGCAGAGUGCACAUCUAAUGAGACACCAGAGAAUUCACAGUGGGGAGAAACCCUAUGAAUGUAAUGAAUGUGGGAAUGCCUUCAUUUGUUUUUCUGAUUUUAACAAACAUCAGAGAAUUCACAAAGGAGAGAAACCCUAUCAGUGUAAAGAAUGUAGGAAGGUUUUUAAUAAUUAUCUAACUCUUACUUAACAUCAAAGAAUUCAUACCAGUGUGAAGCCCUAUGAAUGUAAGGAAUGUUGAAGGACCUUUACUUGGCUUUCAAAUUUGAAUAAACAUCAGAGGCCAGGCGCGGUGGCUCACACCUGUAAUCCCAGCACUUUGGGAGGUCGAGGUGGGCAGAUCAUGAGGUCAGGAGAUCG